AGCGUCGUGCGGUUAUAAAUGUUCCGUAAUUUUUGUAAAUGAUUAUUGAAUUGUUUGCGAAGUCUAAGUCCGGAGAAAGCCGUGCAGACGAGUUGAUAGACAGUGACUUUGGUGGUGGAAGACUAGAGUCUCUCAGACCGACAGCUUGUUCUUGGCAGUGCGUGCGCGGUGGUGAAGGGCCAUGUUUGUGUACCGAGUCAAUAUGAAACGUUGGACAAAUAUGACGGCCGCUUUUCGAAUAUUUAUCUUCUGUGCCAUAUUUAUUAACGUAAAUUGUCAGAAAGAAGAAGAGGAAUUCAUUUGUCCCGGAGGUACUCAAGGCAACGGCAAUUUUGCUGAUCCGGCCACUUGCCGCCGCUUCUACCAAUGCGUCGACGGUUUCCCUUAUUUGAACAGAUGUCCUUCAGGUCUUUACUUUGACGAUAUAAGCAAAUUUUGCACUUUCAAAGCGGAAGCCAGAUGUGGACCAAUACCAACAACCGUAGCUCCUGUGACUGAAAUCCCUCAGGACAUAGUUACGAAUUGCGACCCAUCAGAAUGUCAGCUGCCAUAUUGUUUCUGCUCCAAAGACGGCACACUCAUCCCGGGUGGGCUAGACCCGGAGGAGACGCCUCAGAUGAUAAUGCUCACGUUUGACGGCGCCGUUAAUUUGAAUAACUUCGACUUAUACAAGAAAGUUUUUAAUGGGAAAUUACGUAAUCCAAACGGCUGUCCGAUUCGGGGCACUUUCUUCUUAUCUCACGAGUACAGCAACUACGUCAUGGUUCAAAGCCUCGCACACGAUGGUCACGAGAUCGCUACAGGCACAAUAUCACAGCAGCAAGGAUUACAAGACAAAGGCUACGAAGAAUGGGCUGGUGAGAUAAUUGGGAUGCGGGAAAUUCUUAACAAGUUCGCUAACAUUUCACGCAGCGAAGUUGUAGGGACGCGUGCACCAUUCCUCAAACCUGGAAGAAAUACACAGUUCAAGGUGCUAGAAGAUUUCGGCUACAUAUACGACAGUUCCAUCGGAGUGCCGCCCCUUCCUCAACCCGUGUGGCCCUACACCCUCGACUACAAGAUUCCACACGAGUGCAAAUCCGGAACCUGCCCUACUAAGGCCUUCCCCGGUCUUUGGGAAGUUCCUUUUAAUGCUCACUACGUCGAAUCUUACGAAGGUGGUCAUUGCCCUUACUUGGAUCAAUGUGUUCUUCACAAUCAUGAUGCUGACGAUGUACUAGAAUGGCUUCAGGAAGACUUCACCAGACAUUACGAACAAAACCGGGCACCAUACAUGAUGCCGUUCCAUACCAAUUGGUUCCAGAUCAAGCCACUGGAGCGAGGUCUCCAUAAAUUCUUAAACUGGGCUGCUAACUUAGACGACGUUUGGUUCGUAACAAUGACACAGUCCCUGACGUGGAUGACGGACCCUCGCUCCGUGAAAUCCUUGAACAACUACGAGCCCUGGAAGUGCGAUAAGAAGGAGGGGCCCAAGCCCUGUAACCUUUCAAACAAGUGUGCGCUGCCGUUCAAACUGCCAGAGACUAAUUUCACAGAUACCAGAUAUAUGGAAACAUGUGUCGACUGUCCUAAGCAGUACCCAUGGCUCGGUGAUUCUGGCGGUACGGGUAUCGCUGGAACUGAUAAUUACAUCCCUGAAAGUCUUAGCAGAAAGUAAUUUAUAUAAUCUAAUAUUACUUCUUCCAGACAACAGACUUAUUUCUAUCGCAUUGUUGCGUUUUUCUAUAAUUCUGUAAUACUCGUUCGUAAUCUAUUUUUGUCAUAAACUUCGUAAAACAUAAAUGUUGCCAUAAUUAUUGAUCUGUUCUAUUUUCUGUUUUUAUAAUUUAAAUAUGGUGCUAUAUUUUUUUGUCUGUUGUUAGAAAUUUCUUUAAAAUUAUAAGUCAUAACAUUGUAUAUAUUUUUAGCAGUGACUAGUCAUUGCAUGUUGUGUAAAAGCUUUUGUACGACUCCGCUCUUGCUUUUCAAUUUUACUUAAAAGUUACUAUAGCAUUUUUCACAGUUUUUUUUUUCAUUUAUAAUGCGGAUUCGUUAAAGUUUUGUACAUAAAUUUUAUUUAGGAUAAGGUAUUUUGACAAUUAUUAAAUGACAAUACUUAAUAA